GGCGCUUCACCCGGGGGGAAAGGGUCCGUGUCCCCGCCGCGUCUGUGCACAAGAGGCUUGUGAAGUGGACGAAACGCUGGAUUCCCGCAGACAUGGUUCCACCAUGAGCGAGCAGCCGUCGGACCUCUGGUUCUGUGAGGAGUGUCAGGACUACUUCCAGGAGGAGUGUCCGUCCCACGGGCCCCCUCUGUUUGUCCCCGACACGCCCGCGGCCCCGGGGUCAGCCAACAGGGCGGCGCUCACAGUCCCGUCAGGCCUGGAGGUCUUCACUGUGGGGGACGAGGUGGAUGUCCGCUGCGUGGAUGCAACCAUCCCGAGGGGGGCAGUGUUCGGUCCAUACGAGGGAGAGCUGGUGUCCAAAGACAAAUCCUCCGGCUUCUUCUCCUGGAUAAUUGUAGAUUUGAACAACGCGUAUCAGUCCAUCGACGGCAGUGAUGAGACCAAAGCCAACUGGAUGAGGUUCGUCCGGACCUCGUCGGAGGACAGUGACAGGAACCUGACAGCGUUUCAACGCGGUAAGAACAUCUACUUCAGAGUCUGUCGGAGGCUGGAGGCAGGAGAGAAGCUGAGGGUUUGGUACAGCGACGACUACAUCCAACGACUCCACUGUGUUUCCCAGGAGAGCAUCGACCGCAACCUGGACACAGACACUGGGAAGUCAGCAGUCCUGCCCAACACUCAGAAGGACUUUAAGUCUCCCUGCCUGCAGUCGGCUCUGCAGGGCAAACUCUGCCCCAGUAAACAACCCAAUGAAGAGUCUGAUGGUCAGCCUCCUGCCAAGAGGAAGAAGAUCGACCUCAUCUUCAGAGACGUCCUAGAGGCUUCUCUAGAGGACUCCAGCAAGUCCAGGUUCCAGUCUUCCCUCCCCAGUGAGUGCAAAGUACCAGUGCUCAGGUCGGGGUUGAACUCAUCUGAGUGCAGCUUCAACGUUCCUAACCUGAAGGUGGAAGAGAAAGAGGAGGAGAAACAGGAACCCUCCACCUCCUUCUGCCCCAACUGUGUCAAACUAAAGAGGAGGAUCCUGGAGCUGGAGGAGGAGCUGUCCCGUCUCAGAAGAGAACAGGGGAACGUGGUCGGUCCAUCGAUGUCUGAGCAAACCCUGUCCCAACACGAUCAGGUCCCACCGCACCCUGAGCAAGGACCCAUCGAAGAUUUUCAAGGGAUGGAGCCUUUGACGCCCACUCAGGUGGUCCUGGAUGAAGACGACCAGGACGUGGACUCGGCUGACGAGUCGAUUGCUGCAGAUCUUGUGAUUUCUCCGGAGGACUCCUCAAAGCUCUCCUCUGGAGGAGGCCGACGGAUUCGUCGCUUCAAGCAGGAGUGGCUGAAAAAGUUCUGGUUCCUUCGCUACUCGCCGACCCUGAACGAGAUGUGGUGCCACGUCUGCCGCCAGUACACCGUCCAGUCGUCCCGAACCUCUGCCUUCAUCAUCGGCUCCAAGCAGUUCAAAAUCCACACCAUCAAGCUCCACAGCCAGAGCAAUCUCCACAAGAAGUGUUUGCAGCUGUAUAAGCUGCGCAUGCAUCCAGAGAAGACCGAGGAGAUGUGCAAGAACAUGAUGCUGCUGUUCAAUGCAGCGUACCACCUGGCACUGGAGGGACGGCCCUUCUCUGACCUCCGUCCACUCGCAGAGCUGCUGAAGAAAUGUGAGCUCAAAGUGGUGGAUCAGUACAUGAACGAAGGAGACUGUCAGAUCCUCAUUCACCACAUCUCCCGGGCUUUGAAAGAAGACCUGGCCGAGAAGAUGCGCCUGUCUCCCUUUCUAAGCAUCAUCAUGGACGCCCAAAAUGACGACCUGUUCUCAGACAUGGUGGCAGUCUAUGUCCAGUUCAUUACCAAUGAGGGUUCACCUAACACAGAGUUCCUCUCCCUGCAGAGACUGAGCAUGGUCAGUGUGGAUGGAUAUCUCCAGGCUAUGGACCGAGCCUUUGGCGUCCUGGGCCUCAGGUUUCAGGACUUGCUGGUGGUUGGUCUUGGCGUGGACGGCACUAACAUCUCUUCAGGAAUGAGAGCUAACAUGUACAUAGCUGUGCAAAAAACAUUUCCGUGGAUCCUCUGCCUUCCCAUCAUGAUCCAUCGGCCUCAUCUGGAGGUGCUGGAUGCCAUCAGUGGGAAGGAGCUCUCCUGCCUGGAGGACCUGGAGAACAACCUCAAGCAGCUCCUCAGUUUCUACCGCUACUCUCCUCGCAUGAUGGCCGAGCUCCGAUCAACUGCCCCGACUCUGUCAGAGGAGACGGAGUUCCUCGGAGACAUCAGAGCCAUUCGAUGGAUCAUAGGAGAACCAAACGUCCUUAAUGCCCUCAUCAAAGAUUACCUGGAGGUGGUUGCCCAUCUGAAGGAGAUCAGCAGCCAGACACAGAGAGCUGACGCUGCUGCCAUCGCUCUCACGCUCCUCCAGUUCCUCAUGGACUAUCAGUCAGUAAAGCUCAUCUACUUCCUCCUGGAUAUUAUAGCUGUCCUCUCACGAUUAGCCUUCACCUUCCAGGGGGAGUACCUGCUGGUGUCACAGGUGGAAGCCAAGAUUGAGGAGGCCAUUCAGGAGAUAGGCCAGUUGGUGAACUGCCCUGGAGAGUAUCUGCAGGAGUUUGAGGAAAAUUUCCGCGAAAGUUUCAACGGCGUUGCUCUGAAGAAUCUGCGGGUUGCCGAGUCCAAGUUUCAGUCCAUCCGAGAAAAGAUCUGCAACAGGAGCCAAGGCAUCCUGUCCCAGAGGCUGGACCUGCAAAGUCGCUCGUUUGCCAAAGCCUGCAAGGUCCUGGACCUGUCCACCUGGCCUCACAACCGGGAGGACCUUCAAGCCUACGGGGAAGAGGAAAUCCAGCUGAUAUUCAACCAUCUGGAGUCCGUUCCUUCUGCGGGUCAGGAGAGCUCUCAGGCCAGGACGGAGGCCAGAGGCUGCCUGGUGGUGGAAUGGAAAGACCUGAAAGCUGACUACUACAGCAUGAACGGUUUCAAAGAGGUCAUCAGUCACAUCUGCAGGUACAAGCAGCGUUUUCCUCUGCUGAACCGCAUCGUGCAGGUCGUCAGGGUCCUGCCCAGCUCCACGGCCUGCUGCGAUAAAGGCAGAGGGUCUCUACAGAAGAUGUGCAAGAACAAUCGUUCCCGGCUGACCCUGGAGCAGAUGAACGACCUGCUGACCGUGGCCGUGAACGGACCGCCCAUCACUAACUUCGAUGGGAAGCGAGCUUUGGACAGCUGGUUUGAGGAGAAGUCUGGUAGCAGUUACUCUCUGUCCGCUGAGGUGUUGAACAGGAUGUCAGCUGCUGACCAGAAGUCAGUUUUGCACAGCGUUGAUGUCAACACAGAGUUUUACCCCGACAUGUAACAGCCAUACCCAGUGGUGUAGCACUGUAGUACCACAGCUCACUACGUUAAUACUAAUGACGUGAGGCAGCAUCGCUCCUCAACACCAAUAAGUCUCAACCAGGGGUACCUGUACCUGGAGGAGUGGGUAUUAUGAUUGAAUAACACAGAGUAUACGCCACUGGUCAAAAGUUUUAGAACAACUACAUUUUUCCAGCUGUUAUUUAAAUUUACAUAAUUCAAUGUCUCUGUGUUCCUGAA